ACGAGCAAGUUUCGAAACUCCGGAACCCUACUUCGAUAUCGGCAGCUAUCAGUGGCUCGUGACCUCUGAAUCGAAACACGCACAGUUAUGGGCCAAUCGAGGGUUCAUCUGGGCAUGCUCCUUCAAUCAUGAAGAAGCACUGAGAUGCUUCGAGCGAGCAGCCGAAGCGGAUCCUUCGUGCGCCAUGGCGUACUGGGGCAUUGCAUAUUCGAUCGGACCAAACUACAACAAGGCCUGGAGCCUGUUCGACGAAGAAGACCGCCUCUUAUCCACAAGGAAAGCCAAGGAGGCGAUGGCUCGUGCAUUGCAGUUGGCCGGAAAUGCCACAUUUGCAGAGCAGGGACUGAUACUUGCCCUCACUGCUCGGUUCCCGCCCACUGAUGAGACUCUGGACGACUUUGCAUGCUUCGAUCGUGCGUACGCCGAUGCCAUGCGGCCCAUCUACCAGGGCUGCCCCGACGAUGUGGACGUCGCCGCUUUGUUCGCGGAAGCACUGAUGUGCAUGACUCCUCGUGGCCUAUGGAAUCUGGACACUGGCGAGCCUACAGGUGAUCAUGUGUUGGAAGCGCGCCGGGUCAUCGAAGGGGCAUUCGACUCCGUCAAAGGCAUCAACCAUCCCGCUCAUUGUCAUCUUUACAUUCAUCUGCUGGAGAUGUCGCCCUUUCCGGAGCUGGCACUGCCUGCGGCCAAUCGGCUUCGCGGCAUGAUCCCUGAGGCCUCUCAUAUGCUGCACAUGCCAACGCAUAUUGACGCCGCAAUUGGGGACUAUCGUCGGGCCAUAGACUCAAAUGAGCAAGCCAUAAUGGCUGAUGACAAGUAUUUUGCCAUGACGAAUGGCCCAAUUUUCUACCAAGUCUACCGCGUUCACUACGUCUCGGCAAAGCUCUACUCCGCCAUGAUGAGCGGUCGGCUUCAGGACUCUCUUGCAGCGGCGAACAAAUUGGAACAAAUCAUUACGCGUGAACUCUUGACAACGACGAAGCUGAACAUGGCGAACUGGGUCGAAGCACAACUUGGUAGCAGAGCUCACGUGCUGAUUCGAUUUGGGCGCUGGGAAGACAUUCUUCGCUUGGAGCUUCCUACAGUCCCGUAUCUGUACAGUGCGACGACUGCAGUAAUCCACUACGCAAAAGGCAUUGCAUUCAGCGCACUGAGCCGCAUCGAGGAAGCAGAAGAAUCACAGCGAAAGUUCGAAGUCGCUCGAUCUAUGGUCCCAGCAGGUCGCCUAAAUAGCCCUCCAGUCCGGCAGAAUGAUAUCCUUGGAGUCGCCUCUGCAAUGCUUGCGGGCGAGCUCGAGUACCGCAAAGGAAACUUCGAUGCGGCAUUUGCAACUUUGCGGGAAGCUGCUCGGCGGGAAGACAACCUGGCAUACUCCGACCCACCGCCCUGGAUGCAGCCAGUACGGCAUGCGCUAGGCGGCCUUCUUCUCGAACAGGGCCGCAUUGAAGAAGCCGAACGGGCAUACCGGGAGGACCUUGGACUCGCCGAGGGUUUUCCUCGCCGCAAGGCGAAGCUGAACAAUGUUUGGGGUUUGCAUGGACUACACGAAACGUUGAUACGAGCGGGCAAAGUUGAAGAGGCGGUCUUGAUGGAACCUGAGCUGAACUUGGCCUUGGAUUUUGCCGAUGUUGAUGUUAAUGUUUCGUGUUAUUGUCGCCUGACAUCAGCUGCUGGCCGCGGCUGUUGUGCAUGA